AUGCGUUUCAACGUCUUCCUCGCAGCCGCCGCUGUUGCGAACGCCGCAGUCAUCCCCCAGAUUCCCCAGCCCAAGGAUGCGGUCAACGAUGUCACUUCUGGUGUCAAGUCGACCGUUGAUGGUGUCAUUCUCCCUAAGGUUAACGCCCACGUAGGCCGACGUGCCCAGGCAAAUGUCGGCGCCAAGGUCGAUGCUCUGGGUCUUAAGGCUGAGCCAAAGGUCGGCGUCGCUCUAGGACGACGGGGCGACGCACAGGUCGGCGCGAAGGUCAACUUAGAAGGCGUUACAUACGACAACGUCAACGCAACCGUUGGCAAGAGUGUUGGCGCUAAGGUCGGCGCAAAUGUCAACGCUCCUGGCCUCAAUGUCGACCCCAAGGUCAACGCCAACGUAGGCCGAAGUGUUGAUGCCAACGUUGACGCCAAGGUCAACGCUCUGGGCCUCUCUGCUGCCGCUGAUGUCGAUGCUUCUCUCGGCAAGCGUGUUGACGCAUCUGUCGACGCCAAGGUCAACAGUCUCGGUGUUGACGCUGAUGCUUCCGUUGACGUUGAUGCUUCUGUUGACGUUGAUGCUUCCGUCGACGCUGGCCUGAACAGGCGCGAGAUCCCUGACGUCAAGGUCCCCGAAGUCAAGAUCCCUGAAGCCAACGGCCUUGCUGGCGAUGUCACUUCUGGUGUCAAGUCCACCGUCAACGAUGUCAAGGACAUUGAUGUUGACGUCGAUGCUUCUCUCGAGGCCGACCUGGACAAGCGCCAAAUCCCCGAUGUCAAGAUCCCCGGUGUCGACAGUCUCGUUGGUGACCUCAAGACUGGUGUUAACGGCGUCAAGGAUGGUGUUACCUCUACCGUCGACCAAGUCAAGAACAUUGACAGUCACGUCGAUGCUCUGGACAAGUCUGUUGACGACGCUAUCACCAAGCGUCAGCUUCCCGACGUUAACGGUCUCGUAGGUGAUGUCGAGGGUGCCGUUCCUGGCGUGAAGCCCGUCGAGGAUGCCGUUACCCCUGCUAUCAACGAUGUCAAGGACAACGUCGUCGGCGGUGUCACUGGUGUCGUUUCUCCUAUUGUCAACGACGUCAAGGAUGGCGUCACAUCUUCUGUCACUCCCGUUGUCUACGGUGUCACCGGUGCUGUCGACUCCAUUGCCAACCCCGUCAAAGACGCUGUUACUCCCGUUGCCGACAACGUUAAGGGUGCUGUUGAGCCUGCUGUCAAGAACUUCACCGACAAUGUCACUCCUGUCGUCAACAACGUCUAG